GGGGAGCGAGCUCCAGUUCACACAGUAAAAAUCUCUAGUGAUAUAAAAUGUUACUCUACCAUUCAAAACAUUACGGCACGUCCCCAUCAAAGGUCCUCGUACCGUCGGCUCGAACUUCGUGAAUAGUCCUCGGUCUUCGGCCAAAUGGCGGACAUACAAUGCGAGCCGUCGGUAUUUGUUUUUGUGAUCAGUCAGAGCAAAGGAUGACAAGUUAUGCGCAAGCCGUCGGGCUUGCCUAUAAAGAGCGGAGGCAGGAAUAGAGCCGCUCUUCCAGGUAACAGUCCACACAUAUCAAUUCGCAAUCAGUGAUAGGUGUGCGGAGCUCUCUGUUGCAUUAUCACGGCUCUCUUCUUGCAUUCGAAAUGUCCACUGCAACCCCACUAGACGGCAAGGUCGCCCUCAUCACUGGAUCCAGUCGCGGGAUCGGCGCCGGGAUUGCACGGGAACUGGCUCUCCGUGGGGCCGCUGUUGUCAUCAACUACCGAAGCAACUCCUCCACCGCGCAGGAGCUGACCGACGAUAUCACAGCCAAGGGCGGUAAAGCGAUCAGCAUUCGGGCGGAUGUUUCCAACCCCCACGAGAUCCAAACCCUGUUCCAAGAAGUCCAGACCCGAUUUGGCCAGAUUGACAUUGUCGUUUCCAACUCUGGGGUCGAACAUUUCGGCAAGCUCGGCGAAGUCACCCCGGAACAGUUUGACCGUGUCUUCAGCGUCAACACUCGCGGCCAGUUCUUUGUCGCGCAAGCAGCCUCCCAGCAUCUGUCCGACAAUGGCCGUCUCAUUCUAACAUCCAGUAUCUCGGCCCACGUGUCGCUGGCGGAGCAUGCGGUCUAUGCCGGGAGCAAAUGCGCCGUCGAGGCAUUUGCGCGGUGUUUCGCGCCUGAAUUGGGGCCCCGAGGCAUUACGGUCAAUAGCGUUGCGCCCGGUGGGGUAAAGACAGAUAUGGCCGCAGAAGUCGGGUACAAGUACAUCCCCGGUGCUGAUGCAUCGUGGACCAUCAACGAUAUUGAAGCCUUCGUCUCCGCUCGGACCCCGAUGCGUCGCAUGGGAGUCCCCACCGAUAUCGCCAAAGUGGUGGCUUUCUUGGCUACAGAGGAUGCCCAGUGGCUCAGUGGUCAGAACAUAACUAUCUCCGGCGGGGCGUCGGCGUAGCCUUGCAUGAAAUGCGUUACCGCGAUUUGCAAUCAUUACCCUUGUUACCGACGGAGUUAAGCGAUCAGAUUACGUGCAAUAACACAGUGAUACUAUUAUUAGAAAAAAAAAAUUUUCCCUUUUGUUGGUUACCAUUUCAGGAAAAUGUUUUGGCACCUCUUAAUCGAUUGUUAGUUAUUGCUACUAGUAGAUUGGACCAGACCCCAUUAGUCAAUCAGAAAGUUGAUCAAUAUAGCUUACAAUCUAGGAUGUUA